AUGGACCAAAAAAUUUUGCUCCCUCUUUCUGCUGAAAACAUUCUUCAACUGCUGAAAAGGGAAUUUCGUCUACCGUUCACCCAAAAAGGACAUGAUUAUUUUGCCCCCUGCCCUUUCCACCAAGAAAAAUCACCAUCAUUCACUUUUGAACCAGAAAAGAAAAUUUUUAAGUGUUUUGGCUGCGGAUUUGGAGCCGGAAACGUUUUUAAGUUAUGGGCUGAAAUGAAAAAAAUCUCAGUGCUUAAAGUUAAACAAGAAAUCAGACAAUUAGGCUAUCAGGUCGGUUCUGAGGAAAAUUUAUUAGAGCAAGAAGAAACCAGCAAAGAAAAAAAACUUCUUUCCUUGAUAGCCGAAAUUUAUCAGCACAACUUGGUGUCCGUGGCGGGAAAAAGGACGCUUUCUUAUUUAAAACAAGAACGACAACUUACUAAAGAAACUAUUCAAUAUUUUGGACUUGGCUGCUCAGUCAACCACCGGCAAUUAACUAAUUUAUUUUUACCAAACAAUGAAGAAGCAAAAAACUUGCUUUUAACUAACUUAUUACGGAGUAAAGAAAGCAACCAAAUUAUUGAUUUUUUUACUGAAAACCAAUUGAUUAUUCCUUUCCAAAAUGAAAAAGGAGAAAUUGUAACUUUUGCAUCUCGCAAAAUUGAAACUUCCGAAGACGCAACACAAAAUAAAUAUCUUCAUUUGCCAAAUUAUGAAAACUACCAAAAAUCUCAUUUUUUGUAUAAUUAUUUUCGGGUUAAAAAAAUGACUGAAGUAGAUUUUUGCUAUUUAGUAGAAGGAUUUUUUGAUGUAAUUAGUUUAACUCAAGUUGGAAUAAAUAAUUGCUUAGCUUCAUUGGGAACUAGUUUAAGCAGACAGCAAAUCAACUUACUUAAAAAACUCAAAAAGAAAAUUGUGCUUUUUUUGGAUGGUGAUGCAGCAGGACAGCAAGCCACAAUCAAAUUAGCAAUUGCUCUUUUAGCACAAGAAAUUGAGUGCGAAGUUAUUAAUCAUUCCCUACCCUGUGAUCCUGACGAAAUUUGUCGACAAAAAAAAGAAGAAUUAGCCCAAAUUUGUCAAAAAAAAGAAGAUCCUUAUCUGUAUAUUUUGCAACAUUUUGCUCAAAAGUGGGAAAUUAGAGAAAAUCCACAAAAAUUUAAUUUUGAUGAACUAGUUGCUGGCAAUAAUAAUCCUUCCCUAAAAGAAAAAAUUCACCGGCUACAAGAAAUCGUUGAUGAAGAUGAUAACUUACAGCAAACUAAUUCCUUUGUUGAAUUUCUUAAAUUAUUCCAAGCAAAAUAG